ACAACGACCGGUAGUAUUCUUUCGCUUGGCAGUUUUUGACGGUAACGGCGGUAUCAUUGUAGGCUGAAGUUAGACCUAAUGGAUACAAUUCUUUUCAGAAGAGUACACGGAGCAGAUUAGUAUGUUUGCCUACCAAGACUUUGUAGUCUGAAAACGUUUGAAUCCAUUGAACUUCUGUUUCGUGUACAUCUUGAGUGCGUAAACUGGCUGCUGAAGUUACUCUAAAACCAUUGUAAUUUGGGAUCAGCACGCGCGAACUUUUUAAAUAACCCUAAUCCACUCUUAAACAUCCUUUGCUGUGCACAAUUGUUUGGCAACCUAUUCUGGUUCUAUUUGACAGCAUCAGCUUUCAUGAAAUCCAGGUAAGCUCAAGCAAGACCAGAUAUGUCCAAAACUUAUUGUUCUGAGGCGUAGUAGGGUUGGUGCCUUGCACAAGGGUUCCAUGACGGUAAUCAGGAAGCAAAAUAGCAUCGCUCCAACAAGUACAGUAGUUUCCAUCUCACAUUUGUUCACAGUGGGACUCAAACCAGGAAUUUUGGGCUUUGGAACUGGAGGUUUACAGUUUGAAGCUCACUCCGGACAAAUGAAUCAGAAUGCAUCCGAGCCAGCAGCUUUUCUAAUGGGGAAGUCAUCCUUCAGCCAGUCUCGCACCAAGGACUUGCCAAACAAAAGGAACAAACAGAGUUUGAUUCCUGUCCGUUCACACCAGCAAGACCAUCGAACAUUGCACACGCAUGACAAAAAUGAGAAUCACUGGCCUGACAAACAGGGAUCAUCUUUCUUUACACAUUCUGGACCUUCCAUUGACCGGGUUUCUUCUCCUACCUCAUCUGACAUGGAAGGACCUUCAAUAUCCUCAAGAGUUCCAAAAUGUACUGUUUCCUCUCAACUAGAAGCUCACCGGGAUUCAGUAGUGACAAAGUACAUUGAUCGUUUUCGCUAUGGACAACCGCUGAGUCGAGAGGAGCGGCAGUUGAUGUCCUCUGAAUUUGAACAGGAGAGGGUACCUUUGUGGUGGAUGUCUUCCUCAUCCUUACGUCCUAGUUUUAUGCCAACUAAGAUCUCACACACAGAUGACCACAACCAAGCAAUCUCCAGUCCAGCAGACCGCCCACUUGAUGACUUUAAUUCUUCACCAUGCAGCAGAGGAGACUACAAUAUGAAUGCAUAUUUUCCAUCAGACACAUCUCAGAGUGAGUUGGAGGACACCGAGAUACUUCACCUUCAAGAAAGGGCCAGUAGACUUCUGCAGAGAGGUGACAGUAUUCUCAGCAGUGGAUCAAUUCUUGUCAGUUCAGAGGGUGUGGGAUGCUCAGAUCGCUCUUCUCCAGUCGAUAUGAACGAGACAAUGCAAAGACCUGUGAUUAACACUUCAAUAAAAUCUACAGCGACAAUGGCCACGUUGGACUCCGCUUCAGCUGUGCCCCACCAAAGAUACGUUGUCGCCUCAUUACCGGCGCCCCCUGAGGACAUCCUUUCACAGUGGCGUUUGAGAAGAAAGAUGGAGCAAGCCAGUGAACAAUGUCAGUCCUGGCAAAACUCCAGACUUUGUACCCCCACAUUUAGAGGCCCAGGCCCCAGUCUUCACUUUUCCACAGUAAAUGUUCAUCCUUACAAGCAGCAGUCAAGUAUUCAGUACCCCGAAGACUCCCAAGGAGCUUUUCUGGUUCCCAAAGAAGCCCCUGGACAUCACCCCUCAACCUCCGCCCCCCUUGCCAGUGCUACCUGUGAUAUACAAGUCUCCCAACCACACUCUCUUGAGCAUGUUCCUGCACACAUGCAUCACCUUUGUGAUAUUCUUCCCUGUCCCACACAGUCACCUCAUGCUGGCAAGUUCUAUGGCAAUCCACACAAACCGGAAGAGACCUUAAAUAAAGAAGCCAAAGUCUCUGGAAACUUAAAGCACAGUUACAUAGAUGAGCCUCCUCACAGACACAUUCCAACACCACCUCCUGCUCCUUCUCAACAUCCAGAUGUGGGUUGUCCUUUUAGACCUAGAGAUGGAGGGAAUCAUUCUGUGCCUCGAGAAGGCAGCAGUCCAUCAAGACAUUCAGAAGGAGGCUGUCCCUCUAGACGUAAAGAAAUCAAAGUCGGCGAUCCUUCAAAACCUAAGGAAGAUGACAGUCCUUCUAGACACAUGGACGAAGGGAGUCAGUCUCGACCUGUCAAUGGAAAUCAUCCGGAGAACCCCAGAAUGACAAAUAAGACGUCUAAAACUGAAAAAGCCCAAGCAAAGCAAGUGGGUGACAGUGAGAAGAGAGAGGGGAUCAUCAGGAAGCAAAAUAAAUUGACAAGGUGUACUGGAUGUUGUGAGCAUGCUGACGUGACUAGCGCGACAAGUUCUGCAGAUCAGAAGCUUACAAAAAAGAUCAAGAAACGGGCAGAUCCACAGCAGCAGAAGAGAUGCAAUGAUACAGGCAGUCAUGCACCGCCAUCGGCGCUACAUCGUGCCUUAGGACAGGUUGUUUCAGAGGUCCUGUUCCCACCAGAGAAUUCUUCUCCACAAGAUGCAGCUGUCCCAUCACCUCCUGCUCCUCCACAAUCCUCACUUUCUUCUUGCAAUGCAAACACCUCACUGGAGGUCAUGUUCCAGCUGCUGCAAGAGGCUGAAGAUUCAGAUGAGAAAGAAUUUGAAGACGACCCUUUACUACGAGUCCUUCGCACGCAAAGAAAAUGUGUUAAGGAGCAAAUCAGUGAAGUGGACUCAAUGUUGCACAAUUUCCUGGAUAAACAAGAAGAUACCCCAUCCUGAUGCAGUAACUCAUGACGAUUUUUAAAAUAUGAUUUUUGUAUGUAAUUUAUUGACAUUAUGGAAGGAAUACAAUACAAUAAAAAGUUCAUCAUCACA